AUGGCAUCGGGAGCGGGAGGUGGUGCCAGUGCAGGGGGAUCCAGCAGUGGUAGUGGAAGCCUGGCACGAGAUGAUUCCAAAUGGUACUUUACGGCGGAACAGCUGGCCAGUUCACCCAGCCGCAAGUGCGGCAUGGACGCCGACCAGGAGCUGAUGUACAGACAACGGGCGGCAAACCUGAUCCAGGACAUGGGACAACGGCUGCAAGUCUCGCAACUAUGUAUCAACACAGCGAUCGUAUACAUGCAUCGCUUCUACGCAUUUCAUUCCUUCACACAAUUUCACCGCAAUAGUAUAGCUGCUGCUGCCCUGUUUCUAGCUGCAAAGGUCGAAGAACAGCCACGAAAGCUCGAGCACAUCAUCAAAGUGGUGCACAUAUGUCUGGGCAUGGAGGCGCCCGAUCCAUCCAAAGAAAGCUACGCCGAGCAAGCUCAGGAUCUGGUGUUCAACGAGAACGUGCUGCUGCAAACACUCGGGUUCGAUGUUGCCAUCGACCAUCCGCACACGCACGUCGUCAAAACAUGCCAUUUAGUCAAAGCUUCCAAGGAUCUAGCCCAGACGUCCUACUUUAUGGCUUCUAAUAGUUUGCACCUGACAACUAUGUGUCUGCAAUAUAAACCGACAGUAGUCGCUUGUUUUUGUAUACAUUUAGCGUGUAAAUGGUCCCGAUGGGAGAUUCCACAGUCGAAUGAAGGCCGCCAUUGGUUUCAUUAUGUGGACAAAACCGUCACGUUAGACCUACUCAAACAGCUGACCGACGAGUUCCUUCACAUCUUUGACCGGUGUCCGACGCGGUUGAAGAGCAAAAUGAAAUCGAUACGCGCCGAACAGCCACAAGCGGAUGACUCGAGUAGUCGGAGAAGUUCCUCGGCGAUGCCGAACUCCUCGUCGUCGGCCAUGGCCCGUGGCAUUGACGACGCUGGUCCGUCCUCUAGUCAUCAUCGGUCAUCGUCCCAUUCGCACUCUAAGCAGAGCUCUUCAAGCGGUGACCCAUCGCUGAAAGCAUCACAAUCAUCAUCUUCCAGCCACAAAAUUCCUUCAUCUUCCGGCAGUUCCCGUUCUCGCGGCGGUGAACGUCCACCGUCGUCUUCAUCGCAAGCGUUGCACCAGCAGCGGGAGAUGAUGGCAGGUGCCGGAGGUGGCCACUAUGGAACCGGUAGUAGUUCCAGCGGUAAAAUGCAGCAACCAAUGCCACCCCAUCACAGUAGUAGUAGCCGUUCCGGCAUGCCACCACAGUCGUCUUCAUCGUCGUCGUCGUCUUCGUCUAGAUACGGCAACAUGCAUGAUGGUUCUAGGGAUUCAAAGAACCGUAUGAUACCGACGGCUGCUGCUGGCGGUUCCUCUUCAUCAUCAAUGAAUCCAUACGCCCCAACUAGCAAGGUUGACCGUCACGGCGUCAGUAGUGGCCAGAAAGGUCCAUCGCUUUCACUGAUGGAUGGUAAAAAUCAGGUGAAAUCUCAAAGUUCCAUGAUGGCGGCACCGCUGUUCAGUGGCAGUAAUCCGGACAUGUCCGGCCGGUCGUCAUCGUCGUCGAUGAUGAAGCAACCUUCGUCGGCGUCCUACGGGUCUCACCCACCUAGCUAUAGUCAAUCGAUGAGUAAUCGGAACAACACCAUGCCUUCUAAUGAAUCGCAGUCCGUCCCUAAUCCGCAGUUUAAGAACCAGAUGCAACCGCAGUUACCAUCAUCAGCUGGUUCCGAGUCGUCUUCAUUCCGCCUUAUUGACGACAGUAACCGACUGACUGAGCCGAUGCAAAUCUGUACACCUCCCAAGCAGUCGAAACCUUCGUCAAUCUUCAGCCCCGACUGGAAGGACACGCAGCAAGCCGAGAGCAACAACAUGUCCAGCAAAUCCCGAUCGCAAGGCCAACUAGCUCAGCGAUCCAUCAAGGAAAGCCCCAAGGAAAAGAAACCGACCGUACCACCGGCCUACUCGGAUCAACAGCAAAAGUCUCGCUCGAUCACGCCGAAGAAAGAACGACGUGGCGAAGCUGCCGUAACAACUCCCGGCGGCCAAUCCAAGACGUCGUCUAGUGAGAAGAAAUCCUCAUCUACGUCCGCGAGCCUAAAGAGGACACUGAUGGAUGCGGCGUCGCUGGAACCAACGGAUUUGCUAGGUAUCAACAAGCUUCCUCCUGGUGGGCAAGCGCCGGUGAAACGAUCGCUUCCCAACAGCGAACAAGUUCGCCAGGACGACGGAACCGAUUUCCGGGAGUCGAAAGUUCGGAAGGUGGAAAUUCCCUCGCCGUCGGAAAAUCUGUUUGCCUCGUCGUUCGAUUUGUCCAGCACGUUCGACAAGCAGGACGAUAGCUUCUCGAUGUUUUCGUUUCACGAUCCAGGAUCGCUGCUGUCGCAACCUCUGCUGAACGACUCGAAACCGGUGAUCGUCGGUAAAACUAGUUUCGCCAAUACGAUCAAUGGAAUUGAAACCAAUCCGGCGUUGGUGAGUAGUUUACUCAAGGAAAGCCUUUGUAGCACGGAAAGCAAGUUCGGAACGCUCGGCACCAGUGGGAACGGAAGUAAUAGCGCUACUACUGCGGCUACUUCGAUUGCUUUGGGAUCAUCGAAGCAGGCCAGUACUGCACAAUCUUCACAAUCGGUUUCAAGCUUGAGCGCAUCGUCGGCUCCAAGCAUAGUGUCCAAUGUACCUGAAGCUACCAUCAAAACAGAGGCUCCAUCAUCUCUGGACGUGAACGCACCGUCUGCAAUCAGCAGUUUGCUUGCACAGUCCGCACCAAUAAUGUCAGCAGCGCCCACUUUGUUAGCCCCGUUGUCAUCCUUGGGAAGUGUUGCCAAUCUUGCUUUGAUUAGCAGCGAACUUACGACACUAACGGGCGAUUCGGUCUCAGCACUUACCAAAGAGGAAGAGCACCGGCGUUCCAAGUCAGAGAAGAAGAAAAAGAAGGACAAACACAAACACAAGGAAAAGGAUAAAUCUAAGGACAAAGAUCGCGAAGAACGGAAAAAGCACAAGAAGGACAAGGAUCGGCACCGGGACCGAGAACGAGAGAAAUCCGAUCAGCCGAACGAUCCGUCAGCUAUGGUCCCCGGGCCAAUCAAAAUCAAACUUCCCAAGGAUAAGCUGAAUCUCCACCCGCUCACGGAAACCGGUGGCAACCCGGCGCCGGCCGCCGCCUCCGACAUGGGACUGAAAAUAAAAAUCCCGAAAGACCGACUCUCGGGUGCUUCUUCUCUCAGUAGUUCUACCGGCGCCGGUGGAACGUCCGCAGCUCCCGGGGCCGCCAGUUCUGCCGCUGGUCAAUCAGCUCUACCAUCCACCACCCCGCUCAAGUUGAAAAUCUCCAAGGACAAAAUCGAACACUACAAUAUCAGCGACGGUAGUUUCAACAAUGGCUCCGGUCACGGACAUGCCACCGGGACCGGGGGUCACCACAGCCACGGCAACAAAAAGAAGGAUCGCGACAAGGAGCGGGAUAAGAGCAAAUCGAGCAAGUCGAUGGCAGCGGCUGCAACGGCCACUGCAGGGAGCGCGAUGACCACCAGUGAAUACAACAAGCAGAAUGGCAACACUGGUGGCAAUAACGGGGGUUCCUCCGCCUCGGGCGGACAGGCUGGCAACACUUCCAGUAAAUCUUCCUCUAGCAAGCAAAGCGUUUCUUCUGCACAGCAGCAAUAUUCCCUGAAACAAAUGAUGACAGAGCAGCAGGCAACCGCCGCUGGAGGUCCUCAGCAUCCCGCCAGUUUCGAUUACAUGCAACACGCUCAGGCCCCCACGUUGCUGCAGCAACAGCAAUACUUCAAUCAGUUUGGGGCGUUCAAUGCCCAACAGCAGCAGCAGCAACAACAGCAACAAAACGUGCUUCUCAACAGCAGUGCAACGAAGAUGUCUGGCAACAAUCUCGGCACUUCUCUCCCAAACUUUUACUACGGCACGAACAAUGGUAAUAACACUGGCAAAAAAUGAAAAUAAUAGAUAACUAUUCCUGAAAAAAAAAAAAAUAUGAACACACUCAGAGUGGUGUGACGUACUGGUAGACUCGAGUCGAAUUAAGUGUAUGGCUUUAAGUUUUACUUUACUUUAAAAUUAUCAUCCUUUGUGAAUAUGAAUGUAUAUAACUUUGAUUGUAAUGAAAACAGAAACAAAGCAAUAAACUUAGUUUUUUUUAUGUUGUUUUUUGGUUGGAAAUGUUACAGUUAUUUAUAGUGAAAAUCAAGAAUUGUUUAGGCAACGCAGUUGCAUGUAUUCUAAAAUGAAUAUAACGUCUCGUAAAAAUUGUGCUUAACUGAUGGUAGAAUUCUAACCAAAGAAAGACGCUGCGAACGGUAUCAGAAGAAAUUGGGGAAUCUCUGCAUUAAUCAUGCAUAAAAAAACUAAUUAACGCAGUUCAAGCUUUCAUUACAGAAAAGAACACAUUCGUUGGUAGUUAAGUAAUUAAACAACAUAGAAUAAACAAAGAGAAAUAAUAAAUUCCUAUUAGUAACAUUGAAGAUGCAGAACAUCUAGAAAAGAAAUUAAAAGUCUGAACCAGCAAGAGGCGAAAGCUUCUAGGAAAAUAGUGUGUACACUAUUGCACUCAACACUCUCUUGUAAAAUGUGUUGGAACACAAUACACUAAGCAGUGCGUUUAACGAGCAAGUAGUAUAAGUUAGUUAGAUAAUGCUAUCACAUUGUAUUCAUGUUCACCAAACUAUUAGCAAUGAAUCAACUCAGAUCGAGAGACAGUUGUAUAAUAAACGAAACAAUGGAAAACUGUUUCGGAUGGAAGGUUAA